AUGAAACGAACAGAACGUAGCUGGAUGUAUGAAAGGAAGGUCGGGCCAUAUGUUAAUCCAGAGUUCGAGAAAGGGGUUGAUGAAUUCAUGCAAUACGUCAAAGAUAAUCCCGAAAGUAGUAACCCGAAUGAAGUUAGGUGUCCAUGUGCUAAAUGUAAGAACAAACGGCUUUGGGACCCAGAUACGGUUAAACUUCAUUUGUUUCGCGCGGGUUUUGUACCUAAUUACUAUGAGUGGAUGUGUCACGGGGAAAGGUUUCCGACAGUUCCUGCAAGAGGGUCCAACGAAUAUCGUGAAAUGGUUUUCGAUACGUUUAGUCAAAGUCAGGAUCAUGUGCAUUCCGAAGAGGCUAUUGUUUCAUUAGAAGAGGAGCCUAAUGCCCAAGCUAAGCAUUUUCUCGAUUUGUUGAAGGCUUCUGAAAGGCCAUUAUACGAAGGUAGUUCGUUGUCUGUGUUGGAGAUUGCCGGUAGAAUCACAAGUCUAAAGUGCGAGUAUAAUCUUCCGCACAGAUGUGUCGAUGGGUUUGUUUCACUUCUCAGUGAAGCAAUUCCUAAAAACAAUCAAAUGGUAGACACAUUCUAUGAGGUGAAAAAUAUUGUGCUGCAAAGGCUGUUUACAACCAAGACUAUUUCGGAGGAAAUGACAUGGCAUUCGAAAAAUCCUCGAGUGGAAGGCACUAUGGCACACCCUAGUGAUAGUGAAGCUUGGAAACACCUGGACAACUGCUUUCCAGAGUUUGCCUCCGAGCCUCGUAAUGUUCAGCUUAGUUUGUGUACAGAUGGUUUCGCUCCUUAUGGCAAUCCUAAAAAUCCUAAGGGCAACUUGGAUGUGUACAUGCAACCGUUGAUUGAGGAGUUGAAACAUUUGUGGGAAGUUGGUGCACAUACGUACGAUAUUUCCAUGAAACAGAAUUUCAAUCUUCGAGCAGCCAUCCUAUGGACCGUUAGUGACUUCCCGGCUUACGGUAUGUUGUCCGGUUGGGCCACAUCUGGUAAGAAAGCUUGUCCAUAUUGCAUGGACAAAAGCAAAGCAUUUUGGCUAGAAAAUGGUUGUAAGGUGUCUUGGUUUGAAUGCCACCUCCAGUUCCUUUCGACGAAUCACCCUUUUCGGAAUAGUAGAACUGCGUUUUGCAGAAACAAAGUCGAAAAGGGUGCCCCUCCACACAUUAUGUCAGGAGAGGAGCUGUGGGAAUGUGUGAAAGACCUUCAAAAGGCUACAGAUGGGCCCGAGUCACUUCAACGCCUCAAAAAAGAAAAGAAGGGGUGGUUCAAGCAAAGCAUACCGUGGGAGCUUCCAUAUUGGAAGCAUCUGCUUGUUCGUCACAACCUAGAUGUCAUGCACAUUGAAAAGAACUUCUUUGAUCAGUUAUUUCACACUGUAAUUGAUUAG